CGCUUUGCAGCUCUAAGCAUCUUUCGACCAUCGACAAAGAUCAAUCAUUUCGUCUAUUCAGCUUUCGCGCAAUUCGAGCUUCCGACCUUCCUGGAGCGGCGCGUAUGCUCAUACUCUAAACCAGUCCGCACAAUGGUGCCCUCCCCUCCGGCCGUCUACUUCCCAGCUUUGGAUAAAUGUCUGGCCCGCGAGCUGCCUCUUCUAUCAUGGGAGUCUGCCUAUAGGGCAGUCAUCGCUCUCGAUUCACACACCUCAUCUCCCACACUGGACGCCUUUUUCCAGGAUACUACCGUCAUCUCCAUCUUGAGCGCUCCCCUCACACCCUUCACCACACCCACGACACAAUCAAAGACCGACUUUGACGCAAGGACCGCCGCCAUCAACGUCGUUCCCUCCGAAGCUGGUCAAUACGAUAUCAAUCAAAUCAAGGAGGAUGCCUUGUGGUUGUCAAAGGAAGCUAAGAUUCAAGAGACGGAUGCCCUGAGACUUGUUCUGCUCGAAUGGCAACAACGCUCUGCUUCGCGCAUGCUGGCCGACUGGUCUCAGGAUGAGCGACUUGGAAUUCAGAACGCCGCUGCCAAUGCCCACUUCCGCCAGUCCAUCAACCCCGUCACCGAAUCAGACCAGAAGUCCACCUUCGAUACCCAAGAGCAGAGACGACCGAGAUUGUUAAACAUUCUCUACGCUGAAAAGUCAAGCAUCCUAGCCUUGUCUGCACUCCUCAUUGGUAUCGCUCUACCUCAGGACCUGCAGUCUGCUGCAUUCAAACCAAAAGUCUCGCUGCAACAGGCUGCCCUUGCUGUCUGGCGUGCUCAGACUACUUCCGACUCACCCUUCUUCUUACAGUGCCAUGCCGCGCUUCGAUCGAGCUUGGAAUCCUUCAAUCCGCAAACUUGGCCCACGUCCGUCACAAACGACGAUGACCUUAUCCAAUCCUACAUGAAGUCCACCUUGAUCCAGCUCGUUCUGAUCUUGCGCCUCGCGUACAUCCAUAUUUAUGCUCAGAAAACCAUCCCGGACUCUGAUCUGGUUGUGCAUUGGUUCUCUCUCAUGCACGCUGACUACUUCUUCUCCAAUCUGCCUGAGAGCACGGAGACUUCGGAUCUGGUCAUCGUCAUCCGAGGCUUGAUUUCUCUCAUUUCACUGGAGAUCCUGAAGGUCACUGCCACUGUCGAAUACGUCGCUGCUGCCUCGGACUCAGGAGCCUACCCCCAGCUCCCUGGGAAAACUUAUAUCGAUGACGAGUCCUGCGUCAGCGUAGUUACAUCCACUUUUCUGGACGCCGCUCGAAAUCAACUACGGCACGCUGGCCCAGCUAUGCUUGCCUGGAGUAUUAUCGCACAGAGUCUUCGCAGUGCCGUCAUGGAAAGCCGCGUUGAGACUCAGUCUCAGAUCGAGGAUGGCUCUGCCGACAAGACUAAGAGCAAGACGGAAGUCUCCCUCGAGGCCAUCUUGAAUGCUAAUCCUGCCGGAGGAGAAGAUGUCAUCGGGCUCAUGGCCAAUGCUGCAGUUGCUGAUUUGCAGGCUUUCGAGAUGGUCACGGCAUUGAACGAGUGUUUGUUGUUGGCUUUUGGCGCCGAUCUUGAUCUUCACGUUGCUGCGUGUGGGAAAAUGUCCUUGUUCAGCUUGAUCUCGGCUGGAUAUCAUCUCUUCCAGUACGGCCCGGAUGUUGUCCAGGCUGUUCUGUCCAGUCUUUCGUACGACACUGUACCUCCCAAUCUCUCACGAACACGAGCUCGCAAUCCAAAACAGCCCGUCAAGGCUUUUCUGGCGGACGGUAUGGGUAGCCGGUUCUUUGACCAGGUCAAACAACGCUAUGCUUAUGAGAUUCGCCCUUUCCUCAACUGUCUGCUUUCGAUUAGCCAGAGUCACGCCUCGAACGAUGGGCACGAGUCGGAGAUCCUGGCCAUUCUUGAAAACAUGUCUACGCUGACCCAAAUACUGCCCAGAGCUUUCGAAAGAAGUUAUGAAAACUAUCGUGAAGACGAACUGCAAAACCAUAUCCAGCUUCUUGAGGAUAUCCCUCUUUUCGUCCCAAGGGACGGCAGAAGUCAUCACAUGCGCCUCACGUCAGGAAGAGAUGCUGGUCAAGCCAAGGCUGACCUGACGAUUCCCGCCGGCACUGUCGGUAUCCUAGCGAAUCAGAAUAGUCCCUAUGUUGUCUGUUGGCAUCAUGACCACUCUGCCUUGGAAUACUUUGGCAAGCUACUUUCAACUAGAUUAUCCAAUGCAAGCCAUAUUGAGCUGGCAUCUGGACCCGUCGACAAAGAGGCCGCGGCUGAGAUUAUCGCGCUCGUGGACUCACUAAUACACGCUUCUAUCAAGGCAGACGACAUCAAUGCCGCAAAGCAUGUUCUCGGCCGCUUGAGCUACGGUCUCGAUAGAAAUGACGAUAUUGUCAGGGUUGUCUUCCAGAUGUUUGAGGAAGAGCUCCAUGCUCAAGUCGAACAACCUGGAUCGGAGGGGUCAUUGUACCUCUUGGUGCACAUUGUUCGGUUCAUGCAGUCAGUGGUGUCUAUCUAUCCGGAAAGAAUCUGGUCUCUUCUGACGCGCAGUCGUCUUCUGUCCGUUGAUGACAACGUUGGUGGUCUUGCCGCUAUUGUUAGUUCGACAGAGCUCCCAAUUGGACAAUACGAUUUGCUUCGUGCUUGUAUUGGCCUCUGUGAGAGGUUGAUUCAAGACGUCGCCACGCGUGCUGUCUCACGAAAGUCAAGCACGAAAGCAGUGACUCGCUUCGAUGACCCUGCUGAUGCAGUCGGAACCACGCCUGAAAAACUCACGAGUGCAGUCCUUGCCGCAUUCCAGCGUAUCCUUCUUGAUGUGUUGCAGAGUUCCCCAAGCUGGAGGUUUGUCUUCCCAUCGGAGAGGUGUGAGAUCAGCACACGAAUCUUAGAUGCGGCUACCGAUGUGCUCAACUUUGCGUACAGCGUGGACGAUAACAAACUUGUCUCUUCAAAGUUGACUGGCGUAUUUGCGCAGGCUGCAGAAGAUCUCCUCAAGGUGUAUCUAGCAGACAGUCCCCAUUCGCUAACUUUCCAUCCGCUCUUGAAUAUCCUUACAUCAGGUCUCGCUUCUAUUAAUCCUGGACCGCUGGAGAAUGAAGGUCCUAUCAGGCUUCAGACACGUGCAGCCUUAUCCUUCUGCUCGAGCAUACUCAACGUCGGCUUGCUUACUGAACGCAAAGCUGGAUAUCUUACCAAGAAUCUGCUUCAGUCUAUACCUCUCCUGGCCCGCCUUUUUGCGGCUCAACAUUCCUACAAAGCUCCAGUUGCCGAACUCUUCACUUCAAUGGUCCGUACGCUGAAUCAACCCGAUUCAGAACCGGCUUCUCUCCUCGGACACCUGAGUCCGGAGGCUUCAAAAAGCUUCCUUACUGUCCUUGCAGAGUUAGACCAACCUUUGCAGGAGCUCGGUGUAGAGGUGACAAUCUGGGAAAUGUUCUCUGCGGUCGUUAGCAACAAACAGCAGUGGCUUUCGCUAUGCCUGCUCACUGGUACUACGCCGCGUGAUAGGCUGAAGGCGGAUGCGAAGAGCGAAUCUACCGGCAGUAGGGCAUUGUUGAAGCAUGCUCUGGACCAACUAGCAAAUAUCAAGACCAUCUCACCGAAACGAGCAAUGGCGAUCCUCAAGUUUGUCGCCUGCGCACAAGACGAAUGGGCCUGGGCAACACACGGCAUUGGCAAGCACGCCGAUUUCCUCAAGAGCGCAGCAGAUUGGCUUGCCGAGGUCGUGCCAAAUGACAAGCAGGCUGAUAUGGAAAGUACCAUUCGAUAUGCCAAUGAGAUCCAGAUGGCAUCUUAUGCUUCCGACAUCCUUGCUCGCUAUUUACACAACGCCCGCCAGCUUGGCGACACGACGACUGCAAAGAAUGUUGCCACGAAGCUACAGUUUCUCUGCACCCGCGGUGUUGCUGUAGAUGCCUACAAUCAUUCGCUUCACAAGAACUUGGCCAAGAAUUUUGCUACGAAAUUCCCGCAAUGCAAGCUUGAGAACUUCAAGCGCACUUCUCUCAAGCAAGCGGCGUUCGGCCGUGACUACUACUAUGAUCGCGAAACCGCUGAUCGUAUGUUGAGCUUCGAGUCAUCAUGGAGCGGUCGCAAUAACCAAGGCUUUGUUGAAGAGGUCGCAAGAGCCAAUGUCAACCUGUCGUUGGUCGAAGCUCAAGUGCACCUUCUCAAGAGCUGGAAGGCAUUGGCCAUAAUGCUUGGUACAUUUGCUGAAGACAUUCCCUCUCUACAGACAGACCUUGCAAAGGUCGUUCAAAAGUCUCUCUCAGCUAACAUGGAAGUCUCAGUCCCCGCUGCGUUGUUUGAUAACGUUGCGCAGACUCGCGCCGAUCUGGCUUUUGUCUUGCUGCAGAAGUUGACCUCUGUCAAGUCCAAAGAGCCAGUUGUUCGCGACCUACUCUCAACAGCUUGGGACAUCGUCCGUACGUCGAAUCAAGACUUCGAGGUUGCAUCUACCCCUCGAGAUGUCGACUACUACCGCACUUUGCUGCGCAUCCUCUUCCUGGCACUCCAACCCCAAGUCUACAAUCCUAUUCAAAAAGAGAAGCGGUCGGCUCCGGUCGUCCCUGUCAUCCCUCUCGAGAUUCUGGGUACUGUACAUAAGAAUUUCAGGGCGCUGUGCAGUAACGUCCACGCCAACCCAGAUUCGGUGCAGCCAGCAGAUUUUGUGCUCCUCACUGCUCUGCUUCAGAGCGUUCUCCGCAUACCCGGAAUCGCUUCUUCGCAUUCCACCAUUGCUACUGGUUGUGCGGAUGCUGGUACUCUUCGCUAUGCAACAAGUCUAUACUCCUGGUCUGAUCGUCUUGUGACGCCUGACUCGGUCGAUCCUGUGUACGGUGAGAUUGCUAUAUUGUUCUUGCUUGAGCUCUCCUCAGUCACAUACAUCGCAGAGCAAAUGGCUGUCGAAGGUGUGCUAUCUCGUCUCUCAUCUGCCAAUCUCUCACACUACCUUCGCAAUAUGAAUGGCAAGGGUCCCUUUGACGAACCUAUCCGCGUCUUCCCUAUUUGGUCCAAGGGUAUACUUCCUUUGUGUUUGAACCUUUUGGAGGCAGUUGGCCCCCCGAUCGCAGCCGAGAUUGGUGCUUUCAUCAACAGCUUCCCUGCUCAAGUGCGCCGUGCCGAGACUGAUCUGGAGAAUAAACAACCUUCUCUACGUCAUCCGUAUGCUGGAUGUCUGACCCUUGGACUGGCCAGCGAGACUCAUUCGCUUUCUCUCAUCUCCCUCAUCCUCGAGCGAUUGAGAACAGUAGGUGCAAGCUCUGGCGCUUCGGCCGCCGAGAUCCCUAGCCUGGAGUUCGAUCGUGCCAACGCAAAAGAGCAAGUCGAGUCCAUUCUUCGCACCAGACGUAAUCUGCGUGAGCGCAUCAUGCCUGUCGGUGAGCGAGAGACUGAAUGGGCACGACAAAAGCCCACCGCUGCUACAAAGGAUAUUGAGAACAAACUUGAAGAAAGAAUCGUUGACGAAUUCGAGGCUGCUCUGGUUUGUUUGACUGGGUAGAUGGUAAAAGUAGCAAAGACAAGUUCGGAAUCUGGUGAAAUGAUCAAGGAAUGGCAUUAAGCGUGGCGUUUUUGUGGAUGUAUACAUGAAUCCUUUCCAUAUCGGAAACCUAUAAAUCAAUGAAUUGAUGUGGUUAAAGCAUAAAUCGAGGUAGUCUUUUGUGAAAAAUAGUAACCGGAGUUUCAAGUCCGAGACUUCUCCGCAG